AUGCAGGGUUUGUGGUCCCGAGCUGCUUCGUCGCGGUCAAGUUGCCGCUGCGUCUCGUGUUUGAGCACAACUGCCAAUGGUGUUACCUCAAGAUCUGCUGCCGCUGCCAGCAAGAGACGCCUUCGAAUCGGAAAUUCCGUGACAGCACUAUAUACCAGCAUAUUUGCCGCGGCUGCCCUCGCGGAUGCCAGAGCGAAGGCCCAACGUCGAAAUGACUGGGAGGAGAAGAUCGCGGCUGUAAAAGCCGAAGUGAACGAGCUGGUGGACGAAGAGCAGCGAUUGUUAGAGUCACUGCAGUCACGGAACAAAUCCCGGAGUCGCGACCAAAUCUUCCACGAUGGACCCCUCGGAAUCACCUCGAACCUUACCUUCGUCACCCGUCAGCGAACCGUAUUGAGCCAACCCUCAAGGUCCUUCCAUACCCAGCGGAAUCUGAGAAAUGUGACAAGUACACAAGUUGCGGAGAGUUUUGUUUUGGAAGAAGACCUUGAUAAUGGCAUCAUUGAGGAAGAGGAGGACAAUCUCAGCAGGGUCUGUGAGGAGGAAGACAUUGAGGACAUGCAAGUCAGACAUCAAUUUCUGCCAAGCUGGGUUCUACGAGAUCCUUUGCGUGUCAAGGCCAUCCAAAAGUUGGCACUGAAGCAAUUUGCUAUUCGAAUGCUCCUUCGCCCGACUAUUGCCCACCGCUACUCUGGUCUUCAGAUGAACUACACCCGCGAUUUCGACGUCCCUCAAAUCAAUGUCCAGAAGCUCCUUGAUGAGCUUAAUAGUAUUCGGCGUCGAAUUACCGAUCUACGAACCUCAGAGCAAUCGAGGUAUCGAGACGUUAUUCAUGAGAUCACGGAGUUGGGUGCUGAGGGCAUUGAGAAACAAGGUCAGGCACUCGACGAGGAGCUUGAACAAGACCUGCAGGCAUACAUAAGCAAUCAAAUGUCUUUAGAGGAAACUCUUUUGCGAGUGGCCGAGAACCUCCUCAAAUCGGUCGAUCCGGAUCGCACUAAAGCAUUUAGGCUUAUUCUUCAUGCGUUCAGCCAAACCCGCCAGAACGACAUCAAUGAAUUGCUGCUACGAACAUUACUUCCGCAUCGGUUCCACUUGAGUACAUCGCUCAUAAUCACAGUCUUGAACUUCUAUCGCAGGUCCAAAAACCUGAAAGAUUUUGACCUUUUCCUCCAGAUGCUUACUGGCGAGGGCUGGUCAGCAAACCUGGGCGCACUUGCACCCUAUGUCCGCCGAAAGGUCAAUGGAUUGGAGGUGGUUGUUCCGCCCAUGGACAGUAACAAUGUCCUCAUAUAUUCCGAGUUGAUAAUUUGCGCAUUGCGCUUCAAUCAACCAGAUCGUGCUGAUGCUUGGCUCCAGGCUGCGAGACGCGUCGGCUUCUUCGACAACUUCAACACAUUGUUUUCCUACAUCAAAUUCUAUAGCAUCAGACAAGACUGGGAAAAGGGCUCUGCCGCAUUGAAGAGAUCCGUCACAUAUCUCGUAUCAUCGACUGGUCUCGACGGUCGUUUUGUUGAGCGUUUAAUAGUUCUCAUGUCUCAUCUGUGUGAUUCAUGUGGCCGAAAGGACGUUACACAAGUUUUGAUAUCAGCAGCUAUGAACAGUGGAUUCCAUCCGGAUCUUCCUUCAUUACAAGAAGAUGUUGCGCCUCUCAUUGAUACCGAAUUUAUGCGAUGGACAGAGGCUGCCAAAUCCGCACCCAAGGAGAACGCCGGUCGUCCUCUGUGGCAGAAGUGUUCGGAUUUUGCGUACGCAUUUGGGAACCAUUUACAAAAUCUCGAGGUAUCGCCUGAUGACACGAGGUCUCAACAACUUGCUACCCACACUGCGCGCCAUGCGCAAAAUGCCUUACAGGCUAGUCUUUCUGGCAACUCAGCGCCGCAGCCGCAAUCAUCCGGCGAAGUCACUGCUCUGAAGGAGGAAGUAGCACAACUCCGUGAGCUUGUCUUCGAACUUCGCAAACAUCACAUUGAAGCUUCUUUCAAACGCAACGACUCCAACACUCCUAAUCACGACUCUGAAAAUACAAGGGACACCAAAGAGCUAUCCUCAUCUACCACAACCCCCCAUCCCAAGUCUAAGGAUUUGCAUACUAGCGAACCCAGUCUCAAAUUCCAUAAGGUUUCUCCAAAAUCAGGUCAAGCAUACCAGGGACGCUCCCGAAGGAAGGGCGAAUCGUCGUUCGAAAAGACCGGCAGAACGAGAACCUCCGAUUCUUCAAUAUCAGCCCCUCAGAUGUGGUGA